AUGGCCUCCCCCCGUCCUACCUCUCCUCUGACCUCGGGUGCCGAGUCUGGCCCUGACAAGUCCGCCGGCGCUGCUGUCGCCUCCGGCUCUGCCGUCGGCCGUCCUUCCUCGCCCACUCCCCCGGCGGAGACUCUUCGCAAUGUUCGCCCCAGCUCUACUCGCUCUGCUGGUGCCGGUGGUUCUUCGGGUACCAUGCUGAAGCUCUACACUGAUGAGAGCCCCGGUCUGCGGGUCGACCCCGUUGUUGUUCUGGUGCUGAGUCUGGGCUUCAUCUUCUCGGUUGUUGGUCUGCACGUCAUCGCGAAGGUUUCCCGCAAGUUCUCCGCAUAA